AUGUAUAUCAAUAAAUCAUUAAUAUACAACAGUUCAAUAUCAAAUAUUUACAAAGCUGAAGAUGAUGAAAAUAAUCAACUUGUUUGUUUGAAAGUUGUUAGUUUAGAUUUCAAAAUUCCACCACAUUCAAUAAUCAAUGAAAUAAAAGCAUUAAAAUCAUUAAAUCAUCCAAACAUAUUACAAUAUAUUAAUCAUUAUACAAUUGGUGAUGAUAUGUAUUUAGUAUCUCCAUUAUACAAGUACAAUUUAACUCAAUUGAUUCAAAAGAAAUAUAGUAAAUCAACCUUGAACAUAAAUUUAGAUUCAAAUUUUACCCUCAAGAAUUUAAUUUCAGAAGAAGAUAUAAUCUCAUUUUUAAAAUCAAUGUCUUCUGCCUUGGCUCAUAUCCAUCAAAGUGGUAUAAUUCAUAGAGAUAUAAAACCAGAAAAUAUUUUUUUUAAUGAGGAUUUAACUCAACCAGUUAUUGGAGAUUUUGGAAUUUGUUAUCAUGAAUCUGAUCCAUCUAUUGAUGAACCUUUAAAUAUGAAAUAUAUUGAUGUAUGUUCUAGUAUUUUUCAACCACCGGAAUUAUUACUCGGGAUUACUGAUUAUUCAUUUGAAAUUGAUAUUUGGUCCCUUGCAAUUAUAGUUACAGUAUUAUUUUCAAAAAAUUUAAAAUCUGUAUUAAUUAUUAAUGAUCCUGAAUUAAGUAAUGAUUCUCAAAUAUCUGCUUUGCCUUUAUUACAUUCUAUUUUUAAAUCAUUGGGUACUCCAACUACUCAAGAUUCAAAUUCGGAAUUAUUUUGGCCAGAAUUAAUUGAAAAAACACAUUUUAAAGAUUUUAAUUUAACCGUUUAUCCUAGAUUAAGUUAUGAUGAUAUUUUGCCGAAAUGUAAGAAUGAAAAAUUGAAGGAAAUUUUUAGUAAAAUGAUUAAAUAUGAUAGAUUUAAUAGAAUUUCGGCAUUGGAAUUACAUGAAGAAUUGGAAACAUUAUGA